AUGGGGAGCCUCAGCUCCUUGCCAGCAGCCAGAUGGACCUGCGGGCUCCGACCCAUGGUGUCUGACUCCAUACCUCCUGAUGACGGCAUGACACGCAUUGUGGGUGGCACAAGUGCCAAGCCAGGGGCCUGGCCCUGGAUUGUCAGCAUCCAGCACCCCUGGUUACCAGGUGCAAACCAUUGGUGUGGAGGAUCCCUCAUCACUGCAGAUUGGGUCCUCACAGCAGCCCACUGCUUUGACAGCAUCAAGAAAAUUAGCAUCCUGAACGUGGUGAUUGGGGCCACCCAGUUGACUCAGCCUGGUGCUGGGGCAGAGGUACGCAAGAUUAAGAAGCUUCAUCGUCAUGAAAACUAUAAGAGAAGUGAUAUAAGUAAUGAUAUUGCCUUGCUGGAACUGAAUGAGCCUGUCCAGUGCAGUUCUUACAUCCAGCUGGCCUGUGUGGCUGAGCCCACCCUAAGAGUCUCCGAGCUCAUCAACUGCUGGAUUGCUGGCUGGGGUGCCACCACAGAAGGAGAUGAAGACUCAAGUGAUCACCUCCAGGAGGCCAAGGUCCAGCUCAUUGAUGUCCAGCUCUGCAACAGCAGUGACUGGUACGCAGGGGAAGUCCAUCCUUACAACUUGUGUGCUGGAUACCCACAGGGCCUCAUCGACACCUGCCAGGGUGACAGCGGUGGUCCUCUCAUGUGCCAAGACAAGAAUGCAGACUCCUGGUGGGUUGUUGGAGUGACCAGCUGGGGAAGAGGCUGCGCCAGAGCAAAGCUGCCCGGAAUCUACACCUCCACUCAGUACUUCUAUGACUGGAUUCUGGCCCAGAUGGGGCUGAGCCCAUUUGGAAGUGCUUCCUGAGCAGCAGGGUGGGCAGAAUCCAGGGCAUGCUGCAGUGCACAGCAAUGGUUUUCUGCUGGAGCAAUGCCUACUGAUCCAAAGGCAGCCUCAGGGUGAAAAUUUUGCCCUGACCACACUCCUCUCCUGUGUGCAUGCAGACCUUGGAGAUUGCUUAGGUGUUGAAGUAAAGUUGUCUAUGGUCACAGGGAA